AUGAAGUUCUCCCUUCUUGCUCUUGCAGCCAUUGCACCCAUGGUCUCAGCCCAUUAUUUCUUCGACACCCUCGUCAUUGAUGGCAAGGAAACGGGAACUUCCGAGUAUGUUCGGUCGAACACUCGUGCCGCCAAGUAUAACCCAACCAAAUGGAUCAACACCCGCGAUGACAUGACCCCUGAUGUGCUUGAUUUCCGCUGUAAUAAGGGCGCCUUCAGCUUUGCCGACCAAACUGGUACCGUGGAGGUCAAGGCCGGAUCCAAGCUUGCCUUGAAGCUUGCCGUUGGUGCUACAAUGCAGCACCCUGGUCCUGCCUUCGUGUACAUGUCUAAGGCUCCUAGCGCGGCUAAGGAAUACCAGGGCGAUGGCGAGUGGUUUAAGAUCCACCAAGAGGGCGUCUGCGAUAAGAGCAAGGACUUUACCAGGGAUGCCUGGUGUACUUGGGAUAAAGAUCGUAUUGAGUUCACGAUUCCUGCGAGUUUGCCUGACGGGGAGUAUCUGAUUCGGCCGGAGCACAUCGGUGUGCACGGUGCCGCGGGUGGCGAAGCCGAAUUUUACAACUCCUGUGCUCAAGUCAAGGUUGUCGGUGGUGGUAAUGGAAUCCCCGGACCUACGGUCAAAUUCCCCGGUGCUUAUAGGAAGGACGACCCUUCGUUCAACUUCAAUAUCUGGAAUGGCUACAAGGAUUACCCUAUGCCUGGUCCGGAAGUGUGGACCGGUGGGUCCGACUCUAGCUCUGCUUCUGCAGUAGCUAGCAUCAAUGCCACAGCUGCCGCUACUACUUCCGAUGAGAAUGAUAAGGACACCUGCGAGAGCCGCUUCACUCGUUGCGUACGCUCCUGCUUUUAG